UAUUUUUAGUUGAGUGUCACGUGAUCCAGCAUGGCGGACAGCGAUGAAGAUCGCAUCCCCUCCCCUUCUGAAAAUGGUGGUGAAGUCAACAGCCCCCGCAUUGUAACAAUAACAAAAACAUCAACUGGAUUUGGAUUUAAUGUCAGAGGACAAAUAACUGAAGGUGGUGUUUUGAGAUCCAUCAAUGGAGUAUUGUAUGCACCACUGCAACAUGUCAGUGCAGUUCUGGAAGGGGGCGCUGCCCAGAAAGCUGGCAUUCGUAAAGGAGACAGAAUACUGGAAGUUAAUGGCAUGAAUGUAGAAGGUGCUACUCACAAGCAAGUUGUUGACUACAUUCGAUCUGGAGGGGAUUCUCUGACUCUCACAGUGAUAUCUGUCCCGGAGCAAGUUGCGGAGAAAUUGGAGCCCAGUGAUGACUCCUCAGGCCCUUCCUAUAUUGACUACUCUGAACGUCGCUCCUUGCCCAUCUCCAUCCCAGACUGCAACUUCAUGGAGCAGUAUGGGGACAAACACGUGGUGUUUAACAUAUACAUGGCUGGGCGCCACUUAUGCUCACGGAGAUACCGAGAGUUUGAUUCUCUGCACAACAGUCUUAAAAGAGAAUUCCCCGAUUUCAAUUUUCCCCGGCUUCCGGGCAAGAAGCUGUUUCAAUUGUCAGAACAGCAAUUGGACCAACGACGAAGAGGACUGGAACAGUACUUAGAGAAAGUUUGUGCUGUGAGGGUGAUAGGAGAGAGUGAGAUGAUGCAGGAAUUUCUGGCUGCUGGAGAUCUGGAUGAGGAGGACAGCAACAGCCAGGUGGAGUUGAAAGUGUUGCUGCCGGACAAGAGCCUGUGUGUGGUCACUAUAUGCCGGUCAGAUGAUACAGAUGCUGUGUACAAGGCUGUUGUUGCCAAGCUGCACAUAGAAGAGGCCGCUGAGUACUUCUACCUGUUUGAAAGUGUGGAGCAUAAUUUUGAACGCAAAAUGCUCCCUCAAGAGCUGCCCCAUAAUAUCUACAUCCAAAAUUAUAGCACUGCCACAGCAACUUGCAUCCUGCUCAAAAAAUGGUUGUUUACUCCCUCAAAAGAAAUGACCCUGACCUCUGACCCCACACUCUUGAAGUUCCUCUUCUGGCAGGCAGUAGAUGAUGUAAAUAAAGGAAUUAUCAAAACUGGAGAUAAACUCUAUGAGUUAAAGGCCCUAAAAGAGUCAGAAAAUGCUCUGGAGUACCUGAAGAUGGUGCGCCAUUUGGAAGGCCAUUCAGAGGUCAUGUUUCCCCACUGUGCGUGCGACUCCCGAAGGGAUGGUCAUGUUGCUGCAGUGAUUGGGCUGACUGCAUUCAAACUUCAGGCUUGCAAAGAGGAUGGAACCACCGAGUCCCAAGUGAUUGAGUUCAACUGGAAGGACGUCAAGUCAUAUGGAGUCGAUGAUGAGGGAAUGUCUUUCAAUUUUGAGUACAACCGACAAGGGAAAAAACCCCGCCUAGUCAAAAUCUUCACACCUUAUUUUUAUUACAUGAAUGACUGCUUUGAUAGAAUAUACGAUGAGCUACAAUGGGAGACGUAAUGGAAGUUCAUGGGAAGCAAACAAGAGCCUGCCCCUGCCACGCACUGUUGUCAUGAGACUGAACUUCACAAGGAAAUAUUGUGAUGGCACACUAGAGACCUAGAUAUUUGUUUUGCAAGAGGAAAGAGCUAGACAUUAUGCACUGUACAUUUUUUUGUAUACUUUUUGCAUUUUAUUCGCAGUACCUUUACUGCCUUUCUUUGAUUUUGUUUAUUUUGCAUCCACUGUGCGAAGGCUAUGUAUGUAGAGUCCAACACUCGUAAACACCGAAAGCUAUGUGUGGCCCUUGUCCAUUAUAGGUAAAACAUGAUUUACUGUCUACAACUUAAAUUUUGAUUUGCGAGAACCUUAAGUUCAAAGUAUAGGUACUGAUAACCAGAGUCUCGAAAUUGGCUUAUUCUUUUUUAAGAGCUUUUGAGUUGGAAUACUUAGAUUUAAAGAAAACUUGUUUUUUUUUAUUAGUCUCAUUCUUCAUCCAGCUGAUACCAGUUUAUACAGAUAAUGCUGUGCUUUACUCAUUGUCCACCAAGUGUAUGUUGUGCUGUGCAUAUAUAUAUAUAUAUAUAUAGUGAUGUGACGUUGUAUCAGGGUAAAUGUUCUGGCUAUAUAGAGCAGGCCUCUCCCUCUGAAUUUAAUGUCUAAACCCUCAGGAAAUCAUAAAUACUGUUACAGAAAACUCUGAGGGGAAGUAAUAGGAAAAAGAAAGGCUCAACUGGUAUUUUCCUGGACUACAGUGUUGGAAUGAAAGUUAACUUUGUUGAUACAGGUUGGAUCAACUGGUAAAGGAUUUGAUGGGAUUGUGGUGCUUGGAGAGGUAUUAGCUCUGACCUCUGUGGUGACUUUCACUGGGAUGCAAAAGGGGAUGAACAUUAAGAAAGUCUACCAUUGAUUUAUCCUGGAAUUGACCUGUGUGCUGAGAAUAGAUUAGAGAGUCCCUGUCUUGUGGUAUCGCAAAUAUCCAGAGCUGGUUGGAUUGUGCCCUCUCUUGCUUGCUCUUCCGCAGUAUUUAUUCUGAGAAUCAGUGUAUUGCUGAAAUGCAUUGUUUUGCUUAAAAGUUGUUGUAUAUUUUGUGUACAUAGAGAAUGAACUUGGUUGCGUGUCACAGUAGGUUGUUCCAUGUGCGCAAUGGUUAUCUCAGUAUGCAAAAUCUUUGGAUGCUGAGAAUUUAGCCGAGGAUGAUGGCAAUUCUUUGUGUGCUCGUGCAGGCGUACAUUGCCACUAUGGUGAAGAUACUGGUUUUCUUGUACUUUCUGGUCAGGUUCUCCUCAUCAGGGGCGUCUGGUGAAGCGGUCGGGCGCUUUGUUGUCAAACGCAUGAACCUUUAGUUCCAUUUCUUGCUUGGGGAGAAAGUUUUAGAGUAUCUCAGUCUUUCUGCUGGGAUGUUGUUUCCCUCUCAGCCUGGGAUGGCCCUGACAGGCAGGGUGGGAAGCCCGCCUCCUAAAUGAUCUAUAUUGUGUUAAUGGGGGCAUAAAAACACUGACAUUUCCCCCCACCCUGAGAGAGGGGCAGUUUUGACAGUUCUAUAGUCUUCUCUUCUCCUGUCUGUUAUUUUCUCUGUCUUUUCCCCAUUCUUUUAAAUGCCAAUGUGCCAACUGUUGCAGCACAAUAAGCAUAUUGAUACUGCUAGCUCAACUGGUAUUUUCCUGGACCACAGUUCAGAUGUCCUUGUUUCAUGGCCUCCUCUUAAAUGUGGGUUUUUUGUUAAGCAUUUAAGGCUUUCCACCAUUUUAUUGGCUUGAUACUAUCACAGACAGACAUUGAAUAUAGGGUUCCUGACUCUCUUCAGCUUUGACUUGUUUAUAAGGAUGUUAGACCUCGGCCCUAUCAACAAAAUUGAGCUCAAAAUGUUCUUCUUUGUGAAUUUUUUUCCUCUCCGCCUAUUAUUUUGAAACAGUCUAGUUUUUGUUUCUAAAUUUCAAUGCGAUUCUGUUUUGUUUUAUCUCCUGAAACUGUAGAAAUAUAUGAAGUAUUAUCUGAUGACAGAGAGCAUCAAGUUAUGGGUCUGAGGCAAGAGAAUAUGUAGCCUUGACUCGCGUAGAAAAUCUGCUGAAACGUUUUAAGAUUGCUGCUUUGGAAUCAUCGCUCACUUUAUAUAUAUAGAAGUCUGAUAUUUCAUAUCGCUACAGCUUGCCAGUGUAUGCAACCACUGCUUCUUUCAGCAGGCGUCAUGGUAAUAUAGUCCUGUAAAUUUUACUGUAGUCGGUACGUAAAUGUUUGGACUCCUUGUAAAAUUAUACACCUGCAUUUUAGAUUCCUCACAGUAAACUAAAACUGACAUUUAUAGCCUGUUCAAUUUUCAAGUCUCUAAGCAAGUUUUCUGUACGCUCAUGUUAAAUAAAAUGGGAGGAGGAGGGAUUGAAGAGUUAGCUGCAACAUCCUGCCUCUUAAGGUACUUGCGCUUUUGAAGAGCUCUCUUGUCUUGAAUGAUCCCCUAUAGAAAUGCACUUCUCAUGAACAUGGAAUAAAAUUCUUCAUUGAACACAGCUACUCACUUCUCGAAACAAAGGAUUGUUUAUAUGACCACAGUGAGAGAAAUGUAACUUGUAACUAUGCUUUUAUUUGUGUUUCAGAUAUAGGCAAGUUGUACAUUGAACAUGCUGUAGUAAUGAGAAAGAACUGUGAAUGAGCCUAGUAUAAAGUAUCUUUACAUCGUGGGUACAUGUAAACUUCAGUCAAAUUCUGAUUAAAUGCAAACAAGUGGUUGCUGAGAAUUCUUGCUGUGAGUGUGUCAAUUUUGUCUCAUCAUAAAGUAAUAUUUUAUGUUUGUCAUGGACAGUCUGCUCUGUGAUCAUGGCUUGUCUUCAGCUUUAUGGGUUUGAUGUGAAAUAUUGGGCACAACAAAAGACAGUGAUGAAACAGGCGUUUACACAUCUUAGGUUCCUCAGUUGAGCCCAUUGGAUAUAUAUAUAUCUCAUCAAAAGUUCAUGAAUUGUGAAGUUUCAAUCUUAAUGAAUCUGGUGCUUGAAGGACACCAGUGGUAGGUCUUACCUCUUGUCUUCACUAUGUAUUUGUUAUGUCUUUUCCCUAAUACAAAAUUAUUAUUGUC